AUGUGGGCACGCAGACUUCUCCCUCGCACCCUGGCCACCAGACAACACUGCCUCUUCUUCUCUGUGCCUCCGUUGCAACCCUCAUUCGCCUAUUACACCUACAACACCGACAACACCAAUUGCUGCCAUACCUCCCCGCCCCUCCCCCCCGCCAGCAGGAUGGCAUCAACAUUACCCCGCCUCCCGAUAUUCGAGGCCAUCCAGAACCACGACGCACAUAGCACGGCUGUCGUCCAUUCACUCUCUGGACGAACCUUCACCUAUGGGCAGUUGGUCAACGAUGUGGCUGCCGCAAAGGACAUGUUGCAGCGGAAUACGGGCGGGAAGAGCGCCGAGGGAGAGAGGAUAUCAUUCUUGGUCGAGAAUGGUUAUGACUAUGUAGUGACGCUCCUUUCCAUCCUGGCUGCGCAUGCCGUCGCCGUACCCCUAUCUCCUACCUUCCCGGCCCACGAGCUCCGUUACAUCAUCGACCAGAGUGAAUCGCUCAUGCUUCUCUCCUCGGAGAAGUUCCAAACCCAGGCCGACGACGUGCUGAAGGAAGGCAUGCAAAUGAAGCCAAUCAACUACAAGCAAGAGAAGAUCAUGAUGGGCAAGACGGACGACUACGUUACCUUGGAAGAACCCACCAGUGACAAGGGCGGAAUGAUGCUCUACACUUCCGGCACCACGAAUCGACCAAAGGGCGUCCUUCUCCCACAGGAUGUGCUAACAGCGCAGUCGAGAUCGCUUCUGCAAGCCUGGAACUACACCAAAGACGAUGUCCUGCUCCACGUCCUACCCUUACACCAUAUUCAUGGCACCGUCAACGCACUUCUCACCCCGCUCUUCGCAGGAAGCACCAUCGAAUUCCAAUUCCCAUUCAACGCAUCCGCAGUCUGGAAUCGUCUGGGCGCGCCCUUUCUCCCCCACUCCCCCAAUUCCCCAUCAACACAGCCUCCACGACCAAUCACCUUUCUGACCGUCGUCCCAACAAUCUACACACGCCUCUUAUCCGCACACGCCUCUUUAUCCCCUGACCUGCAGUCUGCGACCAAAACCGCCCUCCACCCCACCAACCUCCGCCUCAACAUCUCAGGCUCAGCCGCUCUCCCUACCCCUGUAAAGUCUGCAUGGACAGAGCUAUCCGGCGGUAACGUCCUACUCGAGCGCUAUGGUAUGACCGAAGUAGGCAUGGCUCUAUCCUGUGGACUCAGUUUCGCCGACCGCAUAGAUGGGAGUGUAGGAUGGCCGCUCCCAAACGUGGAAGCACGACUGGUAGACAGCGAGACCCAGCAAGUCAUACCCGAAGACGAGGAAGUUGACAAAGACGGCAGACCACGCCAAGGGGAGAUUCAACUGCGCGGGCCUACCAUCUUCCGGGAAUACUGGAAGAAUCCCGAGGCCACGGCCAAGGAAUUCGUCGACGACCAAGACGGUCGCGGACGCUGGUUCAAAACAGGCGAUGUUGCCAUGCGCCGCCAUGUCGCGGGCGCGGGCCAAAACGCACAACAGCAACCCUGGUGCCAAGGCCCCCUAUACUUCAUCCUCGGCCGUCAAUCUGCAGACAUCAUCAAGACUGGAGGCGAAAAGGUAUCCGCCCUGGAAAUCGAGCGCGAAAUGCUGUCGCUGCCGGAAAUCGCCGAAGUCGCCGUCGUGGGGCUGCCGUCUGAGGCUUGGGGCCAGAAAGUCGCGGCUGUGGUCGUGCUGAGUGAGCGAGGGAGGAGGGCGGGCAAGGGUGGCAAGGCUUGGGGGGUCUUGGAUCUGAGGCGCGCGCUCAAGGAGAGGUUGGCGGCGUACAAGAUCCCGCAGGAGAUGAGGGUGGUGGAGGGUAUCCCGCGAAAUGCCAUGGGCAAGAUUAAUAAGAAGCAGCUUGUUGUGCAGAUUUGGGGGGAGAAUCUGAGUGCGAGUGCGAAUGGAGCGGUGGUUGUGCCCAGUGGGAGUGUGUAA